AUGGCAAGCAUCCAAGAAAUUGCGGCCUCAGUCUUCACACCGGCAUGGAUCGCUGGCCAACGCAAGGACCUGCCAAUCCUCGCGUCAUCCUCAACCUGCACCGGCGGCAUUUACAUCGUGACAGGAGCGAACGUCGGACUUGGCUUCGAAACAGCAAAGCAUCUUGUCACUUUCGGCGCCGCGAAAGUCAUCAUCGCCGUGCGCAACACAUCGGCCGGCGAGGCCGCGAAAGCGAAGAUUGAGAGCGAGACGCUGAAGACCGGCGUCUUGGACGUCUGGGCCAUAGAUCUCUCGAGCUUCGCGUCUGUGCAGGCAUUUGCGAAGCGGGCGAGCGAUGAGCUAGAGAGGGUCGAUGCGGUGGUUGAGAAUGCCGCCGUCGCACUGGACGAGUGGAGUGUUUCUGAGGGCCAUGAGCGCACGAUCACGGUGAAUGUCCUGGGAACGCUUCUUUUGGGCAUCUUGCUCUUUCCGGUGUUGGUGGAGAGUGGCAAGCAGUUUGGCAUCGCCCCUAGGCUGGUGUUCACGGCGAGUGAGGCGAGUUGGACCGUGAAAAAAGAGUGGGAGGAGAUUCAGGAUGCUCCAUUGAAGAAGUUGGAUGAGCAGACUGGCGACGCUCAGCAGAUGUUACGGCGAUACGCGCUCUCGAAACUAAUCCAAACCCUGACGAUCCGACACCUUGCGAGUGUCCUCCCCGUUGCCCAGACUGGCGUGAUCAUCAAUUACGUCAACCCGGGGGUCUGCAAGACCGAGCUCUCGCGAAACUAUAAGGGCGACUACCGCUCCUUCGCAGACUACUGUUUCAGCGAAUACGGGCGGACAGCCGAGAUGGGAAGCCGCACUAUUUUGCACGGCGUAGUGGCGGGCAAGGACAGCCAUGGGUGUUAUCUCUCUGCAUGUGAGAUUCGAGAGCAGGAAGUGCCCGGUUGGGUCACUGAUGAGGAGGGCCAGAAAGGUCAGAAUCGUGUUUGGGAUGAUGUUAUUGGCGUGCUUGAUGCCGUGGUACCUGGUUGCCUUGACAAGCUUUUGUGA